CAGUUUAAGUUUUCUUUUACAUGCGAUUAUAACACAACCUGUUUCCCUCCCUAUUAAGGCCUCAGUCUUCCUCGGACAUUCCUUCUGCAUUCAGCAUAGCUCCAUGCUCUCAAUUAUUUUGGAUUCCUGAUUUCAUGUGAAUUGUUACAACGUGUCGUUAAAAUUUACGUAGUGGUCCUUUUUUGUUUCCACCAAGUUUUGAUUUUGGGCACGUUUAAAUUUUGAAGCUGAACGUGAUAUCCCAUUCAAGCUUCGACAGUUAUUGUAUUCUUUUAUCUUUUCUCUUCUUUCGCUGCUACCUAAAAGUAUAGGAGUGUCAGGAUGAAUUCAUUGAAGACAGCUAUUCGAAAAAUCCCAAAAAGUAUUAUUGGUGUACGAGAUUUUUGCAAAUGUGCACCACUCGCCUCCACUUCGGGGCCCUUGACACAAUUUACAGACGAUGAGAUCAUGAUGAAGGACUCGGUAUCUAAAUUGGCCAAGGAGGAGAUUCUGCCUCUAGUGAAAAAAAUGGAGAAAGAGGGAAAAAUAGACGAUGGAGUAUUGAAGAGUCUCUUUGAUAAUGGACUAAUGGGUAUCGAGAUCCCAGAAGAUUAUGGCGGAACCGGGAGUAAUUUUAUGACGACAAUAUUGGCUGUGGAGGAAGUUGCUAAAGUCGACGGUUCAGUCGCGGCCCUGGUGGACAUUCACAAUACACUUGUGAAUUCACUGAUAAUUAAAGUCGGCAGUAAGGAGCAGAAAGAAAAGUAUUUGCCAAAAUUAGCUCAAACAUACCCUGGCAGUUUCUGUCUUACCGAACCAGGCUCGGGCUCGGAUGCAUUUUCGUUAAAAACCGAGGCAAAAAAAGAUGGCGCCGAAUACGUGCUAAACGGCACGAAAAUGUGGAUCUCGAAUUCCGAUAUUGCUGGAUUAUUUCUCGUAUUUGCCAAUGCCAAUCCGUCGGCAGGUUAUCGUGGGAUUACCACAUUCUUCGUGGAGAGGGGUACUCCCGGACUCACUAUUGCCAAACCCGAAGACAAAUUAGGAAUAAAGGCGUCCGGUACCUGUAUGGUACAUUUUGAUAAUGUGAGGAUACCGGAAACGAAUAUUCUCGGAGAAUUUGGACACGGCUACAAGUAUGCAGCAGGAUUUUUGAACGAGGGACGUGUUGGUAUUGGUGCUCAAAUGAUUGGAAUUGCUCAAGGCUGCUUAGACGCCACAAUUCCUUAUACAUUGGAGAGAAAGCAGUUUGGUACCGACAUCUUUUCUUUCCAAUCUGUGCAACAUCAAAUUGCUCAAAUAACGACGGAACUUGAAUGCGCACGACUUAUGGUGUACAAUGCUGCAAGAUUGGUCGAAGCUAAAAAAGAUUUUGUUAAGGAAGCCGCCAUGGCGAAGCUUGUAGCUUCCGAAACUGCACUCAGGGUUACUGCCAAAUGUAUAGACUUGAUGGGAGGCGUUGGAUUCACUACGGAUUUCCCACAGGAAAAGUUCUUCAGAGAUUCCAAGAUUGGUACUAUUUAUGAGGGCACCAGCAAUAUGCAACUAUCGACAAUUGCUAAAUGCAUUAGAAAAGAGUAUUCCCAUUGAUUUUGUUCUGACACACUCACGCGUACCAUGAAGUACUCACAGAAUUUGAUGAUCACGUAUUAGUAUUUCUUAAGAGUUACGCUUGGAAAAUAAGCGUUAAGUCACUGGCUUAAUGUAUAUUUCUAUUUUUUUUUAUUUAAUUCUUAAAUGAUUUUACAGCAAAUAAACAGUUUUUAUCACCGUUCAA